AUCACCAGCAUCGUUUUCAUUCAUAUUCCUUUGUCUUGAUCGCCUAUCUCGUUCCAUCCAUUAGUGCCCUUGAUUAGUCUCUGAUAUAUAAUACACUAUCGAUAUAGUAUAUACCUCGAAUAUACGCACUUUGUCCUCUCGAACAGGGCUUUCGAACACUCUUCCCUAGUUCCUUACGAAACAACUGCCCUUUGAAUCCGUCACAACUCCAAAAUGGGCAGCAUCAGCGUCAACAUCGAGAACACGGCCGCUCCAGGCGUGCCCUUUUACACUCCGGCUCAGAACCCCCCAGCCGGCACUCCGCUGGACAAGAGCUCUGCGCCGACGCUGUUCCAGCCCAUCAAGAUCCGCUCCCUCGAGCUGCACAACCGCACUGUGGUGGCUCCCAUGUGCCAGUACAGCGCCGACGAUGGCCACUUGACCGACUACCACUUGGUGCAUCUGGGCCAGCUGGCGCUUCACGGCACCGGCCUGAUCAUCGUCGAGGCCACGGCCGUUGAGCCCCGCGGCCGCAUCUCGCCCCAGGACUCGGGCCUGUGGCAGGACUCUCAGAUUGCGCCCCUGAAGCGAGUUGUCGAUUUCGUCCACAGCCAGGGCUCCAAGAUUGGCAUCCAGAUUGCCCACGCCGGCCGCAAGGCGAGCACCCUGGCGCCGUGGAUUGGCGGUACUGCUAACAAGACGCUGGCUACUGAGGAUGUUGGCGGAUGGCCCAACGACGUCGUCGGCCCCAGCACCAUCCCAUUCGACGAGAACAACGCCAUUCCCAAGGAAUUGACAAAGGAGGAGAUCAAGGGCCUUGUGCAAAAGUUUGCCGAGACUGCCCAGCGUGCCGUCAAGGCCGGAGUCGACCUCAUUGAGAUCCACGGUGCCCACGGCUACCUCAUCUGCAGCUUCCUGUCGCCCCUGAGCAACCAACGAACCGACGAGUAUGGCGGCAGCUUUGAGAACCGCAGCCGCUUCGCCCGUGAAGUCGUCGAGGCUGUCCGCGCUGUGAUCCCCGCCGACAUGCCGCUCUCGCUGCGUGUUUCUGCCACCGAGUGGAUGGAGUGGGCCGGCCAGCCGUCGUGGACCGUCGAGGAGACCAUCAAGCUCGCCAAGCUGGUGCCCUCAUGGGGCGUCGACAUCUUCGACGUCAGCUCCGGAGCCAACAACUACCAGCAGAAGUUCCCCGAGAACAACCCCCUGUUCCAGAUCGACAUCGCACGCACGAUCCGCAAGGCCCUUCGCGCCGACGGCAUCGACCUGAUUGUCGGCGCCGUGGGCAACAUCACUGAUGCCCAGACGGCCUACAACGUCGUCCAGGAGGGCCCCGAGGCUGCGGCCGAGCUGGCCUUGGUUGCACGACAGUUCCUGAGAGAGCCCGAGUGGGUGCUGAGGGUGGCCCACGAGCUCAAGGUGCGCGUCAAGUGGGCACACCAGUAUUCCAGAGCCGGACCCCGAACAGACUUUAGCAAGAAGUUUUGAGUGACUGGUUACAAGAGAGGAGAAGGAAUAGAAAAGCAAAGGCAUAGACACAAGGUUUAAAGCGGCAUAUGGCGGGAUUUGAUAGAUGAUACAUCUACUAUUUUAUUUUAUUUAUUUAUAUUUUUUUUUAGAUGAAAUUUACCUUUUAUCAU